AUGAGAAGUGGUAAGGAGCUUCCAUCAGACAACCAGUCUCCACUUGAUAAGCCCAACGAAGAAGCUGAGAACAAUGAGGAUAAAUCUGAAGCACCACCAUCUACUCCCAAGGUAAGUACUCCUUCUUUACCUUCUAUUGAACCUUAUAUUCCUAAAGCUCUGUUUCCUAGUAGGCUAGCAAGACCAAAACAAGAACAGAGGAAUGAGAAGUUGAUCGAGAUGUUAAAAAAGGUUCAGAUAAACAUUCCUUUCUUGAAUGCAAUCCAGCAGAUCCCUAGGUAUGCUAAAUUCCUAAAGAAGUUGUGCACUAAAAAGAGGACAGGUAAGGACAGAGAAAAGGUAGUGGUAAGUGAGAAUAUAUCGGCUCUCCUGAAACAUAAUAUUCCUGAAAAAUGUCGAGACCUUGGUAUUUUCACUUUGUCCUGCAUAAUUGGUAAUAGAGUCAUCUGUCAUGCCACGUUUGAUUUAGGAGCCUCUAUUAAUGUCAAGCCCUAUCAUGUUUAUGAGGAUUUGAAAUUGAAUGAUUUGCAAAAAACUGUUGUAUGCAUCCAACUAGCUGAUAGAUCUUACAUCCAACCCUUAGGGAUUGUUGAGGAUGUACUGUUGCAAGUUAAGGACUUGAUUUUCCCAGUCGAUUUCUAUAUACUAAAAAUGGAUGAAAUUUCUACACCUUCUUCUUCUACAAUUCUAUUAGGUAGACCCUUCAUGAAAACUGCUAAGACAAAAAUUGAUGUUGAUAAGGGUUGUCUUUCUAUAAAAUCUGAUGGGAAAGUUAUUUCUUUUAAUAUAUAUGAUGCCAUGAAAUUUCCUGAGGAAUAUCUGUCCUUAUGUUUGAUUGAGGCGCAUGAUGUGUUGUUGUUGCAUGAUGAUAAUAAUAAUUCUAGCAUUUUGGUUGCCCCCUGCAUUGAUUUGGAUUCGUCUGAUUCACAUGAUUUAUCUUUUCCUGUUGUUAAUGUACAAACGAUUGAGCUGAAGGCUUUCCCUAUCCAUCUAAAAUAUAUGUACCUGGGAGAAGGAAACACCCUUCCAGUCAUAAUCUCCAGGGAGUUGAUGCCUGCCCAAAAGGAAUCCUUAAUUGAAACUUUGAAAACUUACAAUGAGGCUGUUGGGUGGACUCUAGAUGAUCUCAAGGGAGUAAGCCCUUCGCUUUGCAUGUAUUGGAUUACUCUAGAGGAAGGAGCCAAGCCCACAGUUCAACACCUCAGAAGGUUCAACCCCAACUAG